AUGUCAUACCUCCUAAGAGAUUCAACAGCGACGAUAGUACAUAUAGAUGAUGAAGUGAUACGAGCCUCUGUCGGAGUGGGCGAGUUGUUCAGUCCUCCAACUGUGCAUGCUAUGGUGUUCCCAUAUAAUCCUAGCGCUAUCGAAUCUGCUGGAUCCACUACGGAAGAAGGCAAACAGAACUGGUUGGUAGGCAACACGCUGGAAAACGUGACCAGCGUAACAGGUUGGGAAGAGAAGGUAGAGUUGAGAUGGCCCUUCGUCUCGGAACAAGGCAAGAAGGAUGAUUGGGAGGGUCGGGAAGUUUUAUUACUACAUCUCUACUCCCUCCUCGGCAUAAAAAUCUCACAAAACACUUCCCCACUACUUCUAAUCCCACCCGCCUCUCCACCCGUUCUUCCACUCCCUGUCCAGGCACUCUACACCCAACUGGCAUUCGAACGUCUCAACGUUCCAGGAUUCUCUCUCCUCCCCUCCCCUCUGGCCACAUUAUUCGCAUUGGGAGCUACGACAGGUCUCGUCCUCCACGUGGGUCGAAAAUCCUCGAGCGCAUGGGUGGUCGUGGACUCCGUGGUCAGGUGGGACGCUUGUGCGUCGAUACCUGUGGGUCAGGAAGAUUGCGAGAUAGCCUUUUUGAGGUUGUUAAUGUCGGAUGAAAAGCUUGAGCAGGAACUGCGAAGCGUUAUAGGGGAGGAAAGAUUCAAUACGGAAGGGAAAGAGAAAUAUGUCAAGGAAGUAUGUCAGGUGGUAUGGAAAGAAUGUCUGACAGAUGAUAUUGAGAUACCUGUCGCAGGGGGAGGGAAAGGGUUCGUGGUUGGACCUACGGAGGAAGAGGAAGAAGAACAAUUUGAUGUGGCUAGAAAACUCGUGGGUGAUACAUCCGGUCCUUCCCACUCACACAAAUCGAAGAAACAACAAGCCGCCAUCGCUCAAGCGGCCCAAGCUGCAGCUACCAAAGCAGCCGCCGAAGCACAAUUAGCGGCCGAACAAGCAGCUGCGUUAGAUUUCAUCUCACUCACCAUACCGUCAAUACCGGAUAAAGAGAUCUCUUUAGGUUCUGUUCGACAUAAAAUCUGCGAACCACUGUUACAUUCCGUGGACAUGGGAAGCGAGACCAUAUGGGAGGGAAUGGGAAGGGCUGUUAAUAGUCCUGGAUUGUCGAUGAAGGAGAGGGUAGAUGUUUGGGAAGCUGUUGGGGUUGUUGGUGAUAUGGCACGAAUCAAAUCUUUCCCACCCGCUCUCGUCACUUAUCUCGCCCCUUUUCUCCUAAGUAGCGCCGAACUACCUUCUGAUAUUCAACCAGGACAUGUCCGAUUGCUCCAUAUCCCGGAUUACUUCUCGAACUAUAAAGGCUCUACCCUUGACGUAGCGCCUUUCUUGGGAGGAUGUAUGGUAUCAAGAUUAGCUUUUGGUGAUGUAGCUGGGAAACAUGCAAUAACAAAGGUGGAUUAUAAUGCUCGUGGACCUUCUGCUAUUUAUACGGUCGGAAAUGAAGGAAGAUGAGUUAUACGAUUUGUAUCAUGCAUGUGAGGUUUAUCAUGCAUCUGAUCCUGGUAUAGU